CGGAAGUGUUGUGAAAACCAAAUGUAACGUUUCUUUUGAUGGUUUAUAACUCGGGUUGGGGCUGUUAAUUUGGACAUUUAGCACGUAUAUCUAAUUUUUAAAAUGUUAAGACUUUUAAAAUUAAGGGAAAUUGGUGCUGACAACCCCUUAAUUUUGUAUCGUGCUGAAACAACGCGGCGAUUGUUCGGUUUGGAACUGAGCAAAUACACAGACUGUGAAAGAGUGCAUAAAAGUCCAAUUGGGACAUUAGAUAUUGAUCUCGCUGAAGGAAGAUAUCUUCUUUCUGGAGCAACUAAUGGAACUGUUGCCAUUCAUGAUCUGGAGGAUUUCUCAGGUGACUUCCGACAUAUAUACAAGCAUGUUUGUGGGGUGAACCGAGAUAACCGUCAUGCUCACAAACAUAGUGUUACAACUGUUCAGUGGUAUCCACUGGAUACAGGACUUUUCACAACCAGUGGGACAGACAAAGUACUGAAAAUAUGGGACACAAAUAGACUAAUUCCAGCUGACAAAUAUCGAUUUGACACCAUUAUUUAUUCUCAUCAUCUGUCGCCAAUAGCAACAAAACAUACACUGUUAGCAGUUGGUUGUGAGGGCUCUACACUGAAGCUUGUUGAUCUCAGAGCCGGCUCAUCAACUCACAUGCUUAAAGGACACAAAUCAUCCAUCUUCUGUGUUAAGUGGUCAACGAAGGAUGAAUUUAUAUUAGCUUCGGGCAGUGCUGACAAUCGUGUCAUGUUAUGGGAUAUACGGAAGGCAAAGGGAAGUCUGAUGUCUCUUGACCAACAUAAUAAACAGUCAUCCUCGGGUACCAAAGAAGCAUGUACUGCACACAAUGGACAUGUAAACGGAAUGUGUUUUACCUCAGAUGGUCUCUUUUUAUUAACCUUUGGAACUGAUGACACCCUUCGUUUAUGGAAUACCUCUACUGGAAAAAACACUAUGGUCAAUUACGGCUCCAUCAGAAAUGAUAGUAGAAAGAACGUCCAGAUAGCUAUUUCACAAAACGGCUGUCCAGAUGUUGUUAUUGUGCCAAAUGAGACUAACAUAGAGAUUCUAGAACUUCAUUCGGGGAUGACAAUCAAUACGCUAAGAGGACACUACAGUCAGGUGAACAGUUGUGUGUACCAUCGCGACAGACACGAAGUGUACAGUGGUAGCAAUGACAGAAACAUUCUCAUCUGGGUUCCAGAGACUGCUACAGAUUAUGAUGAAUAUCUGAAAUCUGAGACCCAAAGCAAAAGCAGGAACAAGUUUGUCAGCAGAAUAGCAGCCACGGCAGAUUCUUGGAGUAGUGAAGAAGAUUAAAAUAAAAUGUUUAUAAAAA